UUUACAUAUCUAUGUGUUAAUCUUUGCUCGUUUAAAAAAUAUAUCUUGAAAAUGUGUAUUUUGAUUUUCGGAUGAUGAUGUAAUGAAAGUAGAUAAUAAAUAGGAUUUUAUCAGAGGUGUUCGUUAGUUGAAAAAACUGAAAGUGUAUGUUGAGUGACUGUACUCGUGGUGUUGUGGAAGUAUUCAAGUUAAUAUAAUUGAGAAAGUGUAAAAAGUGCCGGCACUUGCUAUGGUAUGACCAUGGAUGCUAUUUCAACAGAACCGCCUGCUGCCAUAAGUGCUUCGCCUUCACUUAUAGACUGUAAUCAAAUAAUCCGCUUCGCAGGGGCGGACGCGGAGGUGUGCCGGCCGGUGGUGAGCACGGAUGUGACGGUGGUGCCGAGUGCGGGCGACCACGACAGUGGCAGCUCCAAGAUGACGGCCAGCACGGUGGUCGACUUCUGCUGGGACGUGCAGUUCCACGCGGGCCACAUCCUGGCCGUCCACAUGAGCAACAGCAUCCUGGCGUACGGCGUCAUCGCAAAUAACACUAAAGGUGCUGUUCGAGUGGUGAAUCGCAAGACUGGUGAAAGAACUCUGCUUCGAGGAAUGCUUGGCAAAAUUAAAGACAUUGCCUUUUCGCACGAACACGACGAGGUUGUCGUAGCAUCCGUGGAUGAGUUUGGAAACCUUUUUGUGUAUGAAAUACAAGAUCCAGAUGGCCCGCAAAUGGUGGGAGCGCUGCUGCUGAGCGUCAUGUACCGAGGCCCAGCACAGACCCACCACAGAGUGAUCUGGUGCCCGUACAUCCCGGAGGAGGACCCCGACGCCAGCUCCUCCGAGGUGGCGAGGCUGCUGGUGCUGAUCCACGGCGCGAGGGCGGAGUUGUGGAACGUGGCCAUGGUGGCGCGACGCCACGGCAAGGGGGCCCUGCCGGACGGCGUCCCGGAGGAGGGCUUCCUGGAGGUGGGCGACCACGACCAGGACGUGGUGGACGCCUCCUUCAGCCCCGACGGCACGGCGUUGGCCACCGCCAGCCGUGACGGCUACGUCAAGUUCUUCCAGGUGUACAUGCACGACGGGCGCGAGCCCCGGUGCCUGCACAAGUGGCAGCCGCACGGGGGCCGGCCCCUCGCGUCCUUCUUCUUCCUUGACAACCACCGCACCCACGUCGCCGAUGCGCAGUUCUGGAAGUUUGUGCUGACUGGUGCUGACAACAACUCCGAGCUUAAGAUAUGGUCUUGUGAGUCGUGGACUUGUUUGCAAACAAUAAGGUUUAGUCCAGAGGUAGGAAUGAAGGAUGUCAUUAUGAAGGCUGGAUUGGAUCUGUCUGCCCAGUUUCUACUGCUGACAGACUUGUUUCGAAAGGUGCUGUAUGUUAUGCAGAUCCAUAAAGAUGCAAAAGAAACCAAAGCAUAUGUUUCUUCGGUUAUUGAAGUUCUGAUGCCGUGUUCAAUGCUUGGUUUUGGAAUUGUCGAUGCUUGCAUCAAGAAAUUCAAAAACAGUGGUUCACUUGAUGUAGAAGAUGCAUGCGAUGAAACUGCGGAUGAGCCGGGCCCUGUGGAAGCCGUGGUGCUGAAGAUCUACCAUGUCCAACCCAAGUCUCUCCAGGACUGCCAGAUUGUGUACCAACUUCCUAGCGCGAAUGUUGCUGCAGACAUGUUGAACUCCAUGCCUCAGGAUGCACUGAACUUCAUUGACAACUUGGUAGACUUGUCAAGCCAGAUGUCAGGGUCUGACCUGUCACAUGUCGUGGAAGAUCUGCCAGCCAAUCGUCUGUCAGAAUCAUUGCAACCGGCCAACCACAGCGCUCAGCAGCAGCAUCUGAAACUGAUGACACCAGAUGCAUUCAACUCCCCUGCUAAAAAAGAUGUUCUUGAUGACAUGAAGGUUGAUAAUGUGGAUGUAAGUCCAGAACUGCACGAGAUAGAAGUGCCACCUUUCCAACGAGAAAUAUUCACAAGUGGAGGUAGCAGUCCCAGUCGGGAGGUCCAAGAAAUCCUAGCCCUGAACCAGGAUUAUUUUGAGAUAAAGGAUCUUCCUGUCAUCAAUCAAGAUAUUGAGCCAAAGCCUGAAAUUCUUGAAAAGCUCAUUGAUAUUGAGAAUGAUCAAGAUAGUGGUGCCUCGAAGCCAGUAAGUGGUCAGAAUGAUGGUUGGCCUGAAGUCCCAAGGAUUCCAAAUGAAGUUUGCAAGUCUGUUGCAGCAGCUGAAGAAACUAUCAUCAAUAUGCGGACCUCCUUAGGCUACCAAAGUCAACUAUCUAAAAAUGAUGAUGAAGAGAAUUUCACCCUUACGAAGAUAAAUAGUUCAAUAGAAUCUGCAUUAUCUGUGAUGCAAGAACAAGUCAAUAGCCUAACAAAGAUCGUCAAAGAACAAAAUUCACAAAUAAAGGCCCUUACAGAUAAGAUGACUCACGUUAACAACACUUCCAAUGCGAUUCCUAAACUAGAGGACAGUAUGACCAGUCUUGUGGAAGUGGCAUUGGAGAAGCAACGACAGCAGCAGUCUCGGCUCAUUGAUGAGCUUCUGGCUGUCAAGGAAGACAAAGAGCGCAAAAGGCAGGAGGCUCUGAUGUCAGCUAUUUCUCAGUCUGUUGGCAACCUCGUCACCACCAAGCUGGAUGAGAUUGUUAUGUCCGAGAUCAACAGCACAAUACUUCCUGGUGUGGUGGAUGUAAUGGAGUCUCUAAAGCAGGAACUGCACUCUCAAAUGUCUCAAAAGCUUGCUACCACUGAUCAUUUGCUGAAGGAAAACAUAGCAAAUCUUGUGAACAGCAAGGCAGUGCUAGAAGUCCUGGGCCAGUCUCUCGUUGCGACCAUGCGGCCACUGAUUCAAGGCACGUACAAGGACAUCUUUGCAUCAUCAGUGGUGCCAGCGUUUGAGAAUGUGUGUCAGAACAUGUUCCAGCAAAUCAAUCAGAGUUUUUCUGCGGGUACCAAAGAAUAUGCACACCUGCUGGACAGCCACAUGAAGCGGUACCAGGCGCACCAGGAGAAGGAGCAGAGAGUGGCAGAGCAACUGCAGAGCAUCUCUCAGUCUCUGACGACGAGCUCCGAGCGGUUGGCAGCCAUCAUUGAGAAGCAGGUGCAGCAUGAGGUGCUCAAGGGACUGGAAAGCAUGGAAGAGAAGAUGAGUGCAGCGGUGAGCAGGAGCGUGGCUGACAGCAUGGCGCAAGGCUUCCAGGCCCACCAGGCGCUGAUAGAGGACAGCGUGCGGACCGCAGUGCGGUCGCGGGCCGUCACGCCGGCCCCUCAGCUGCUCGACAGCCAGCACAAGCAGAAUCAGAUCUUGCACUUCAUUAAACAAGGCCACAUCAAUUCUGCGUUCCAAGAGGCGCUUUCGGCUGCAAACUUGUCAUUGGUUAUGUUUGUCUGCGAGAGAGUGAAUCCACAGCAAGUGUUCAGUCAGACACCGUGUCCUCUGCGGCAAAAUGUACUGUUGUCUUUGGUGCAGCAGCUGUGCGCAGACAUGUCAAACUACAAUGACAUCAAACAUAGCUACUUGCAGGAGGCGGUUACAAGCUUGGAUCCAACUGAUCAAAUAACUCGUGAGCACUUGCCAACCGUGCUUAGUAAAUUAGUUUGCCAGUUAAACAUAUACAUGACUACAAACCCCAACAAUAAACUAACACGUGGUGUAAGAAUGGUGUGCAUGGCUGCCGAAUCACUACUAUCAAAAAUUUAAACACUCAAGAGUCUGCCACUAGAAGAUAAUUUUUUAUUAUUAUUUUAUAAGUGGACCAUGACAUACCUACACAAGUGACGGUGUACAUUUGUGAUGGGCUAUAAAACAAUGUGGUUAUCUGAAAUUAAAAUGCAGUUGUGCCCUGUUAUUACAUUUCCAUUCAUAUUCCCCCCCCCCCCCCCCCCCCCCCCCCCAAUCUAGCUCCAAAUAUUAUUCUCAGUAUGGGUAUGGUAGUUAAAUAAAAUUCUCAAGUCCCUUCAAAAAUGUCAUAACAGGGUUCCUCUGUAAUAACUGUUGAACUUUAAAGAUUUUUGUAGUUUAUAUCCUUAGUUAUAAUGCAAUAAUAAUUUUUAUACAAA